AUGCGUGCGGCUGUGACCCCGCCCCCUGGCGCGGCGCGUCCCAGGGUGCAGCUGGUCCUGGUUGACAUGGAGCACGAGGCUGAACGGUGGCAGACUGCGCACCAACCGGUCCUGGAUAACGAGAGAGCAAUGUCCAUCUUGGAUAUGUCUCUGUCUUUCAGAAGUGGCGGAAUACACACCUCUUGGAACCACAGCCCACUAGACACUCAACACUGUCCUCAGGGCACAGAGAUGUUAGGGACCUUUUUGGUGUCUGCUGAGGCACCUGUGCAGAAUAUGGGUGAAGUGGGGCCCCAGUUCGAUGUGUUACUACCUGAGUACUCUGUGAACUGUUGCCCCCAAGCGGCUCUUGUCCCUUCCCAGAUGACUUACUGUCAGGGAGUCUCUCCCUCCCAGCCAGGGAUGAUGAUGUACGAGGAGCCCCAGAUGAUGAUGCCUUUAGGAGAGCCCAGUAUUCCAGGAAUGGCCAGGACCUUCAGUGAAAAUCUGAAGAUACCCCCCAACAGUCUGCCAGUCCCAGAUUCAAGUGGCAUCUCCAUGUCCCACACUAAUGCCCCAACAAUGCCUUAUUCUGAUCCCCAAUUACUACCUUCUCUCAGACCCUCUUUAACUCCUAAAAUGUUAUGGGCCCCAAACAUGCCCUCCACUGAGACCCAGCCUGUGCUUCCCUCCAUGGUUCAGAUGUUGCCGCCUAGAGAUCCCUAUGACCUUGUGAUGCCCUCAGAUAGGUCCCAGUCUUUGCCGACCUUAGACCCCCUUGAUGCUCUUGGGGACAAGUUAGACUGCCAGGAAGACCUCUUCCUACCUGAGCCGCCCAUCCAGGCUCCAAGGAGAGCAGAGAACUCCAGUGGCCAGAAAGCAGCACCCAGGAGGAAAUCUCCCCUUUCAAGGCCUUAUUGCUGUCAGUAUAAGAACUGUGGAAAAGCCUAUACCAAGCGCUCGCACCUUGUGAGUCACCAGCGCAAACACACAGGUGAGAAGCCUUAUAGAUGCACCUGGGAAGGCUGCCCGUGGUCUUUUUUUCGUUCUGAUGAGCUUGGACGACAUAUGCGGAUACACACCAGGUAUCGACCAUAUGCAUGUGAUCAGUGUGGCCGACAGUUCAUGAGAUCUGACCAUCUCCGGCAACACCAAAGGAUUCAUCAGCCCCUGCCAGGGCAGAUCAGCAGUGGACAAACAGAUGGUCCUCUUGCUCCUGGUCUUUAG